AUGUGGCUAUUCCGGGUCUUCUCGUCGGCCAUCUUCCUCGCCGUCACCGUCUCCUCCAUCCCGCUGGCCUUUGACGUGGGAGGGAAGACGUGUGGUCUGGCCUUUUCCCUAUCCCUAGCGACCUUCUACUUCCUCUUUUCACUAUUGCGCCUCACCACCCCGGAUCGCUCAUGGGUUCGCGCGUCAAUCGUCACUCUCGUUCGCUCCACACAAUGGAUUCUGAUCCCGAUUCUGUUAAUUUGGUCCCUGAAUCGCUUUUCUGUCGACCCGGAUAAUGCCAGUGGAUGGGUAGAGCGCACCUUUACCGGAAAUCACGCCCAGGAUGGUUCUAUUCAGGAAUGGCUCUUUGGUCGGGGUGGCUUGGUCGAAUCAGCGACUCUAGGGAACUGGGAUCGACUUCUGCGAUGGUCUACACCCGUGUUCCAGUUGGCAGAGGGGUUCUGCAGUCUUUUGGUUAUCCAAGCUGCAGGCCAAAUCACCCGAUGGCUUGUGAAUCGUGGCGGGCGCAGCGAUAGCUGGAUGAUCGGUCUCCUCGUUCUAUCCGCGACUAUCAUCUCCAGCUCCGUAUAUUUCCUUUGGCGCGUCCUUCAGUUCCCUGAGAUCUCCAACGUGGAUGCGGCCCUCAUCGGUGUCUCUAUCACUUGCGCGGUCAUUCUGUGUGCUUGGGGUAUUGGUAGCGGGCGCGGAAAUCCAGUAGAGAGCUCUUUGCUUUUCGCCUACAUUGUUCUCUGCAUCUACCAGAUCUUUACUGACUACCAGCCCUCAUACCCUCUGGAGCAAGUCCCGUCUCCUACACAAGCUGGCGAUUUUCCCCCGCUUCCACCGAUUCUCAUGGCGUCGUACUCCACACUCAUGCACGCUCUAUCGCUCCUCCCCUCGAUCAUCCAUGCAGCUUUCAAUGUGAUCACCGCUGUCUUCAGUGCCGUCACUCCCUCGGUUCUGAUCUCGCUCUCUUAUCGACUGCUUGUUCUGUAUGCAUCAACACGGAUCAUCCCCGCGGUACGAGAAUCUGGAGCCCGUGCGUUGUCGCAGGAGGCUUCUCUUGAGGACUCAGAUGCAGCUGGUCAGGCCCUUGCGUUUUUGAGCUAUUUCUCUCCGUCCAUUCUCAUUGCCGUCUACACCAGUCUCCUGAUGCAGCAUUUCUCAACCACCUCACAAGCAAUGGGAGGAGACGGCGAGUGGUGGGAUGUUCAAGGUAUUGAAGGGGGCAACCUUUGGCGAUGGAUCAAUCUAGCCUGCACUACAGCGCUGUACGCAGUGGAGCUCUGGCUUGGGGAGAACGAUGAUCUUGAUAAUGGUCUGGCUGGUCACUGGAAGACUGAUUGA